AUGGCGGUGCUGAAAGGCUGCAAGAAGCUGAACCUGUCGGUGCAUUCGGUGGGCCGCAUCCCUGGGGGAUAUGUCACCAACCACAUCUACACAUGGGUGGACCCCCAGGGCCGGAGUGUGUCCCCACCACUGGGCCUGCUGCACCACCAGAACAGCUCCCUCCGCAAGGACAGUGAGAAGAGGAGCCACCUCCAGCUCCUGCAAGAGGGAGAUGAGAAAAAGGUGAAUCUGGUCCUGAAUGAAGGGAAGUCCCUGGGCCUCAUGAUCAGAGGAGGGGCAGAGUAUUCCCUGGGCAUCUACAUCACUGGCGUGGACAAAGGCUCGGAAGCGGAGAGCACCGGCCUAAAGGUAGGAGACCAGAUCCUGGAGGUGAAUGGCCGGAGCUUCCUCAGCAUCCCCCACGACGAGGCCGUGAAGCUGCUCAAAUCUUCCCGCCACCUCAUCAUGACGGUGAAGGACAUUGGGAGGCUGCCCCAUGCCCGUACCACCGUGGAUGAGACCCGGUGGAUAGCAAGCUCCCAGAUCGGAGAGACCCUCGUCAGCUCGGCAGGGGCAGUGGGCGCUCACGCUGCGGAGACACCAGCCAGGCCUGUGUUUUACCGAGGCCUGGCGGGCUCCCAGGUGACGCUGAGCAGCGUGGUGAACCAGAGCCGGGUCAUGCUGGAAGAACAAGCGCGGCACCUGCUCAACGAGCAGGAGCGGGCAACCAUGGGCUACUACCUUGAUGAAUAUAAGGAAGGCAAUAUCUCCGUGGACGCUUUGGUCAUGGCACUCUUCGAGCUACUCAACACGCAUGCAAAGUUCUCGCUGCUCUCGGAGGUGCGGGGCAUGAUCUCCCCACAAGACCUCGACCGCUUUGACAACCUGGUGCUGAAGCGAGAGAUCGAGUCCAUGAAGGCCCGGCAGCCCUCGGGGCCCAGCAUUGGCACCGACUCCUACUCCAUGAUGUCCUACAGCGACACGGUCUCCUCCUCCAGCAGCCACUUCACCUCGACAACCGUCAGCUCAGCCAGGGAGCGGCUCCUGUGGCUAAUAGACCUGAUGGAGAACACGUCGGAAUUGGAGGGAGGUGGAGACAACCAGCAAAGCAGCAUCAACACCCUGCCAGACAUCUCUCUGGAUGAUCUCUCGUCCUUCCCAGAAGAACCACCCAACUUCAAGCCUCCACCGCCUCCUUCAGCUGCCCAGAGGCUGGAGCCUGCGGUUGGCCAGCACAGGACCCCUGGCAAGGAGAAGCUGACGCGUCCUUCCUCUGAGUCCUCUCAGUCAGGCCUCUUCUUUGUGGCCCCCCGAAACCCCACGCCCCCUCCGAGCCAUCCUGAGAAGGACACAGUCAGCCUGACCUCCUCCACUAACUCAUGCCCCGAGGAGUCCGCUCCGAACGCCAUCUACGCCACCGUUUCCCCAGCCCUGCGCAGCUCCAGGAGACACGUGGAUGCGCAGCUCUCCUUGGUCAGCCAGCUCCCCAUUGGCCCUUUCCCCAGGGUCCAGUCCCCGACAAGGCUGAAGAGCCCGUCCCCGGAAAGCCCUGCAGCCCGGGGGCUGCCGAGCGCCUCCUCGCCGUCCCCUCCGCCUCCCCCGUGCCACCCCGCACCACUGCCACCGGACAAGGGCAGCCCGCGGGCAGCGGCCAACCAGCACUUCAUCAUGGUGGAGGUUCAUCAACCCAACAGCGAGCCUGAUGUCAACGAAGUGAGGCCCUUGCCCCAGGCCAGAGCCUCCACGCUGUCGCAGCUCUCAGACAGCGGGCAGACCCUCAGUGAGGACAGUGGUGUGGAUAUCGGCGAGGGCGAGGCCCACCGAGGCGGGGGGGCAGCGGGGGGGGCCUCCAAGCCGCCCGGGCUCCUGGAGCCCACGUCGUGUCUGAUCCGAGUGUCCAAGAGUGCACCGACCUUGGGAAUCGCCAUCGAGGGCGGAGCGAACACUCGGCAACCGCUGCCCCGCAUCGUCACCAUCCAGCGCGGGGGCUCUGCGCACAACUGCGGGAAGCUCAAGGUGGGACACGUCAUCCUGGAGGUGAACGGCACGGGGCUGCGUGGCAAGGAGCACCGGGAGGCGGCGCGCAUCAUUGCCGAGGCCUUCAAGCUCAAGGAGAAGGACUACAUCGAUUUCCUGGUCACGGAGUUCAACGUGGCCCUUUAG